UCAAACAAAGGUGUCGACGUGCAGUUUCUAGUGUGAAACACAAUUAUCCAAAACGAAAUCUUCAAAGAAAGGCUCGUAUAAAUCUCCGCCUCGGAGGCACCGUAGUGUGGACCGUGAUGUAAAAGCUCGCGGAGACGAGCACGCGCGUAUGUCUGACUCUCAGGCACAUGGUGAGGCAAUGAGUGAUCGCAGGUCGUUUUUCUAUCCUGAUAGCAGCAGUGGCUCGGAAGAGUACAACAGAGACGCGGAGGAGCGUCGGAGACGUCUCUCAAAGCGAUCUGGAGUAUCGAACAGGCCCCGCGCUCCUACAAUGCAGUCCGGGGCGUGUUCGUCUAGUAACCCGAUGCCAUCGACCUCUUCAGCUCAAGAACCUCCGAAAAACGCUCCGAAGCACCAACUCGGAGAUGACCGAAUCACGUUGGUUGUGGACAAUACGAGGUUUGUCGUCGAUCCUUCUCAGUUCACGGCGCAUCCCAACACAAUGCUUGGGAGAAUGUUUAGUUCUGGGAUAGAAUUUACACAUCCAAAUGAAAGAGGCGAAUAUGAAGUAGCUGAAGGUAUCUCCGCGACCGUAUUCAGAGCUAUACUGGAAUAUUACCGAGGAGGUACAAUUCGCUGUCCCCCCACGGUGUCUGUGCAAGAGCUGCGAGAGGCCUGUGAUUAUUUGUUGGUGCCUUUUGAUGCUAACACAGUGAGGUGCCAGAACCUCCGUGGCUUAUUACAUGAGCUAUCCAAUGAAGGUGCCCGCCGUCAGUUUGAAUCGUUCUUGGAGCGUCUCGUACUCCCGCUGAUGGUGGAGUCUGCUCGGCGCGGAGACCGCGAGUGUCACGUGGUGGUGUUGCUCGAUGAUGAUGCUGUGGACUGGGACGAGGAAUAUCCUCCCCAGAUGGGAGACGAAUACAGUCAGACUGUGCUGUCCACACCGUUGUAUAGGUUCUUCAAGUAUAUUGAGAAUCGGGACGUAGCAAAACAAGUAAUGAAGGAGAGAGGACUGAAAAAGAUAAGGCUUGGCGUCGAAGGGUACCCGACUUACAAGGAGAAAGUUCGCAAACGUCCCGGCGGCAGGGCUGAAGUCAUCUACAAUUAUGUCCAGAGGCCGUUCAUCCACAUGUCCUGGGAGAAGGAGGAAGCAAAGAGCCGCCACGUAGACUUCCAGUGCUUCAAGUCGAAAUCCGUCACAAACCUCGCUGAAGCUACAGCGGAUCCUGUCAUAGAAUUAGUGCCGGUAGCGAGAAGAGAAGAAGAAGGUGGAGAAGUGAAUGAUCCGCCAGAGGAAGAGUGAUGUAUGGUGUGGGGCUCUGUGCUGUGCUGGUUGUGAGACAGUCGUAUUAAAAGUGAUUUACACAACAACAGUUACUGGAACCCGUGAAGAUGAGAACGUCCGGUAGUAAUGUACUAGUGUAGGCAGCGGCUUGGCUCUGCCCCCGGCAUUGCUGAAGUCCAUGGGCGACGGUAACCACUCACCAUCAGGUGGGCCGUAUGCCCGUCUGCCUACAAGGGCAAUAAAAAAAAAAUGUGAAAAAAAGGUUUGCCACUCGAAAGGUGAAUAAAGUGCUUUUGGAAAGUAAUCGCAAGUAUUACUUGCUACUGUUUGGAACUCAGUGUUAACUAGGCCUUUAGUUGUAAUAACUAGAUCAUUUAUGUCGAAUUAAUGCAAAGGUUUUGAGUUUCAUUCGUGGUGCAGAAGCAACUGAUGUUUCAAAAGAAGAAAACUGGUUGUUUGGAGUAAUACGGACCGUAAUCUGUGGUCAAUUUAUGAAGGUUCGGUCCCUUGGUGAAAUUGAGUUAUGUGUGAUUCUGAGCACAUUGUUGUACUGCAUGUCUUGCAGUGCAGGUAACGUAAAAUUUAUUUUGCAGAGUAUGAUUAUUUUAACUAUAAACAAACUGAAAGAUUCCAAAUAAAAUGUAAACUUACUGGACUAAAUUUAUUACACUCGGCAUUGAGUAGACAUGGGAUGAAGAAGAGAAGAGAAAUUUUAACAAAAGUGUGCUGUAUCACUACAUAGUAUAAAACAAAGUCGCUUUCUCUGUCCCUAUAUCUG